AUGGUGCGUGAUGAGAUGCGGAGGUUUGCGCUGCAGAGGAGGGGGCCACUGCACCUGGCGGGGAACGUGUUUGUGUGGAUAGAAGGUUUGUUGCGCCACUCGCUACCAGACGAUGCCCACAUCCGGGCCAGUGGACGCCUCGCCGUCGUCAUGACGCGCAUCCCAGAUGGACAGAAUACUGUGGUGUCAGAGUUCACAUCCCGAGAGGAAGUUGUGCAGGCACUGUUGUGCAGCUGCUUUAUCCCUGGGUACCAUGGUAUACAGCCACCGUCUUACAAAGGAGUGCAUUAUGUGGACGGUGGUUUGUCCAGUAUCCAGCCAACCCACUCCUCUCCCUAUGCGCACACCCUCACUGUGUCGCCAUUCGCUGGAGAGGCGGACAUCUGUCCACCAGACCCUGGCUCCAUGUAUGUCAUCGUCAUGAGCGGCAUGCCCCUCAACUGCAGUGUGGCCAACGGUUACCGGUUCCUUGAAGCCCUCUACCCCUACAACUGGGAGGUUGGACCCCAAAACAACCCUUACUCUCUCCACCCAGCCCUUUACCCCUCCACCCAGCCCUCUACCCAUUCACCCAGCCCUCCACCGAGCCUUCUGCCCUCCACCCAGCCCUCUACCUCUCCAACCAACCCUCUACUCCUUCCCCUAGACCCCAAAACAACCUUGAUACCACUUCACCUAGCCCUCUACCUUGCCACCUAGCCCUCUACCUCUCCAACCUGCCUUCUACCUCGCCACCCAGCCCUCUACUCCUUCCCCUAGACCCCAAAACAACCCCUAACCUCCUUCCCCUAGACCCCAAAACAACCUCUAUACCUCUAGACCCAGCCCUCUAUUCCUACCCCCUUCCCCUAGACCUGAAAACAACCCCCUUCCCAUAGACCUGAAAACAAUCCCCAACCCCCUUCCCCCAGACCUGAAAACAAACAUGCAAACAAUAUAUAUAUAUGCGCUGUGUCUUA